AUGUGCAGAGCAUCUGUUGAGAAGUAUCCAGAAAACAGGAUGCUAGGAUGGCGUGAAAUUAUUAAUGGGAAGUGGGGCCCUUAUCUCUGGAAAUCCUACAAGGAAGUAUACGAAGAAGUUUUACAUGUUGGUUCUGCAUUACGGACUCAUGGGAUUGAACCUGGUGCUCGAGUUGGAAUUUAUGGAUCGAAUUGUCCUCAGUGGAUUGUGGCUAUGGAGGCGUGCAGUGCUCAAAGUUUAAUUUGUGUUCCCCUCUAUGAUACUCUAGGAGCGGGAGCUGUAAAUUACAUCAUAGAUCAUGCGGAGGUUGAUUUUGUUUUCAUCCAAGAUAAAAAAGUGAAAGAACUUUUGAGUCCCGAAUGCACUCAUGCUCGACGGCUUAAAUUGUUAGUUUGCUUCUCUUCAAUGACAGAGGAAGAUCAAAAUAGUGCAGCCUCUAUCGGUGUAAAAUCGUACUCUUGGAAUGAAUUCCUUGAAAUGGGAAGGAAGUAUCCAUCAGAUAUCGUGCCGCCACAGCCGUUCAACAUAUGCACAAUUAUGUACACCAGCGGCACUAGUGGAGAUCCCAAAGGUGUUAUAUUGACACAUGAAAACAUUGUCACGUGCAUAAUAGGUGUCGAUCUGUUCAUGGAGCAAUUUGAAGACAAGAUGACAGUCAAUGAUGUAUAUAUAUCGUUUCUACCCCUUGCUCACAUUCUUGAUCGCAUGAUUGAAGAAUAUUUCUUCCACAAGGGUGCGUCAGUUGGCUACUAUCACGGGGAUAUAAACGGGUUGAGGGAUGAUUUGAUGGAGUUGAGACCAACAUUUUUGGCAGGAGUACCUCGAGUUUUUGAGAGGAUACAUGAAGGAGUCUUAAUAGCACUUCAAGAACUCAAUCCACGGAGGAGAAAAAUUUUCGACUUGCUCUACAGAUACAAACUAUACUGGAUGAAUUUAGGGUACAAACAGAAAAAUGCAUCGCCAUUGGCAGAUCUUCUGGCUUUCAGGAAGGUCAAAAAUAGGUUAGGCGGCAGGAUCCGUCUAAUAGUUUCUGGUGGUGCACCACUAGGCAGUGAGAUUGAAGAAUUCCUCCGCGUUACCUCCUGUGCUUUUGUAGUACAAGGCUAUGGGCUUACAGAGAGCUGUGGAUUGGCCACUCUUGGCUUCCCCGACGAAAUGUGCAUGAUGGGAACAGUUGGUUCUGCAUUUGUAUAUACAGAGAUCCGUCUGGAGGAGGUUCCAGAAAUGGGGUAUGAUCCACUAGGAGAUCCACCUCGAGGUGAAGUAUGCAUUAAAGGAAGGACAGCAUUUGCAGGAUACUACAAGAAUCCGGAAUUGACCAGGGAAGUCCUAAAGGAUGGAUGGUUUCACACAGGUGACAUAGGGGAGAUGUUACCAAAUGGAGUUGUAAAAAUUAUUGAUAGAAAGAAAAAUCUUAUUAAACUAUCUCAAGGAGAGUACGUUGCACUAGAAUAUCUGGAAAAAGUUUAUGGCAUCACCCCGAUUGUUGACGAUAUUUGGGUCUAUGGGGACAGCUUCAAGUCGAUGCUGGUUGCAGUAGUAGUACCAAAUCAAGAUAGCACCAAAAAGUGGGCAGAACAGAACGGCCACGAAAAUUCAUUUCUUGAACUAUGCUCCCUUAAUCUGCUACAAGAUUAUAUCCUCCUUCAGUUGAAGUUGACAGCAGAACGAAACAAGCUAAGACGUUUUGAGCACAUAAGAGGCGUAAUUGUGGAACCUAAUCCUCUUGAUACCGAAAAGGAUUUGGUCACUGCAACACUGAAGAAGAAACGAGACAAUUUGCUUAAGCGCUAUAAGGUGAAAAUUGAUGAUCUCUACCAAAAGCUAGCUGGAAAUUAG